AUGGCCUUCGCCAGCCCAGCCCCCGGCAUAGGCCCUUUCAUGGGCACUCAUCAGGCUGGGCUGGGAAGCGACGACUCGCACCCGAGGCCGGAUGGGGUGAGUGGUGCCCAUUCUUCCUUCCGACCAGCACCGCGCACCGCGCACUGGCAGGUCACCCAGCGCCGCAGGUCGCCGCUGCAGCUUCGCUUGCCAGAGACCCUGCGAAGCGGAGAUGAUGGCCAGCUCCGAGUGCUCUUCUUGAUGGGCCUUCCAGGCGCUGGAAAGAGCACGGUGAAGCGUCAGCGCUUGAGACCCGAUGACCUGGAUAUCGAGCCGGAUCAGAUGAAACGACGUCAUCACCUCUUCUCUGAAGACAUGGGCGAGGAGACCGACGAGGAGGUCCAUUGUUGGAGUGUGAGGCGCUCGGUGGACGCCUUCGAGGAUGCCGUCCGGCGCCGAAGGCGCAGCAUCCUCUUUGACUCGAGUGGCUCCAACGCGUCGUGGCUCCAACGGCGCAUUGAGCUGGCACAGCGCAAAGGCUAUGUCACUGAACUUUUGUGGGUGGAUGUGCCUGUGGAGAUUGCCCUCUAUCGCAACCGGGGUCGCGGCUUUCAGAACAACCGCCGGGGCCAGUUCUGCCCAGAACACAUCAUUCUGAACAAGGCCAAGGUCUUGGAACGGAGUUUUCAGGAGCUGAGCCGGUACGUGUGCGUGGCCGAGCGCAUGAAGAACUGGUGCGAAGGCUCGUAUGAGCUGGAGGAAGCCAAAGAGGAUCUCUACCUCUACCCCGCGCCCCGCACGCGGCCUCCCGCGCUCCGACCGGGCAUGAAGCACUACGGCGAGGCGCCGGACGGCGCUCGCCCGCCCUCGCCCUCGGCGGGAUCCCGGCGGAAGCUGCAGAUCGGGCCGUGGAAGCGCAACGACGAGGUCACCCAAAAAAAAGAAUGCCAGGUUAGCCUGGAUGGACCACACAUACCAUGGCGAUCGGGAGUACUAUGUAGACAAGCACGUCUUGGGCAGUCGGGACAUCUUACUGGAGCGAAACAAGUUCCCUUAUCAGCUGCCGCCGGGCGCUGA